CAGCAGCAACAAUAAUAACAAUACAAUUUAUAACAACAACAACAAGCAGCAGCAGCAACAACAGCCGGCGGUGUGGUUGUGGUGUCGCCAAUUGUGGCCUUAAGCAUGUAGUCGCACUUGGCACUGUCGAGCAGCAAACGCGUGCGGUCUAGGUGAACCUCUCAGCAGCAGGUUCCAGUAGGCAAAACCAUCAACAACAACAACAACAACAACCACAACAACAACAACAACACACACAUAUAUAUACACAAAGUUAAAGAACACACAAAACGCAACACCAAUGAAAAAUGUCACAAAGAGGUAAACGCGGUAAUCAGCAGCAGCUGCAGCAGCAGCAACCGCCGCAACAGCAGCUGCGUCAAGAUGUUGAGCCGCAGCCGCCGCCCACAAAGCGACGCAAAGGACGACCGCCUAAUGGAGCGCCGGCAACAGCAGCCGCAGCAGCAGCGUCAACAACUGCAACAGCAACAGUUGCAGCUGCAACAACAACAGUUGCAGCCGCAGCAGCAGCAGCAGCAACAGUUGCAUCGCUGGAGCAAGCGGAACACGGCCAGGCCAAGUCCGCGUCAAAGCUGCCGGGCAAGGCCAAGUCGGCCAGCAAAUGUAAAGCGCAAAGCAACAACAAUAGCAACAACAACAGCAGCAACAAUAACAACAACAACAGCAGCAGCAGCAGCACCUGGCAAGCGCGCUCCGUGGCCGAUAUCAAAAUGUCGAGCAUCUACAAUCGCAGCUCAACGGAAGCGCCAGCUGAACUCUAUCGCAAGGAUCUCAUUAGCGCAAUGAAAUUGCCAGACUCAGAGCCGUUGGCCAACUACGAGUAUCUGAUUGUUACCGAUCAAUGGAAACAGGAAUGGGAGAAGGGCGUACAGGUGCCCGUCAAUCCCGAUUCGCUGCCCGAGCCGUGUGUCUAUGUGCUGUCCGAGCCGAUUGUGUCGCCAGCGCAUGACUUUAAACUUCCAAAAAAUCGUUUCCUGCGCAUCACCAAAGACGAACAUUAUUCGCCGGACCUGCAUUGUCUGACGAAUGUAGUUGCUCUGGCGGAGAACACAUGUGCCUAUGACAUUGAUCCCAUAGAUGAGGCCUGGCUGCGUCUGUACAAUGGCGAUCGUGCCCUCUGCGGCGCCUUUCCCAUUAACGAAACGCAGUUCGAGCGCGUCAUUGAGGAGCUGGAGGUGCGCUGUUGGGAGCAAAUUCAGGUCAUACUUAAGCAGGAGGAGGGUCUGGGCAUUGAGUUUGAUGAGAACGUCAUCUGUGAUGUUUGUCGCUCGCCCGACUCCGAGGAGGCCAACGAAAUGGUAUUCUGUGAUAAUUGCAACAUCUGCGUGCAUCAGGCUUGUUACGGCAUUACAGCGAUUCCAUCAGGCCAAUGGCUUUGUCGCACCUGCUCCAUGGGCAUCAAGCCGGAGUGUGUACUCUGUCCGAACAAGGGCGGCGCCAUGAAGUCCAAUAAAUCGGGCAAACAUUGGGCGCAUGUCUCGUGCGCCCUGUGGAUACCGGAAGUGAGCAUUGGAUGUGUCGAUCGCAUGGAGCCAAUAACAAAAAUCUCAAGCAUUCCGCAAAGUCGCUGGGCACUAAUCUGUGUGCUGUGCCGCGAGCGCGUCGGCAGCUGCAUCCAGUGCUCGGUGAAGACCUGCAAGACGGCCUAUCACGUGACCUGUGCGUUUCAGCAUGGCCUCGAGAUGCGCGCCAUUAUCGAGGAGGGCAACGCCGAGGACGGUGUCAAGCUGCGCUCCUAUUGCCAAAAGCACAGCAUGAGCAAGGGCAAAAAGGAGGGCGCCGCAUCGAGCCAUCACACAGCCGCCUCGAGCUGCAUGCAAAAGCACAACAACAAGUUCUCGAGCAGUGGGACAGCUGCGGGUGAUGACGCGGGCCACACAACAACGGGCGCCAAGGGCGAGGAUCAUCGCAGGCGCAAAAAUCAUCGCAAAAACGACAUGACCUCCGAGGAGCGCAAUCAGGCGCGCGCACUGCGUUUGCAGGAGGUUGAGGCGGAGUUCGAUAAGCACGUGAAUAUCAAUGACAUUAGCUGCCAUCUGUUCGAUGUGGACGAGGAUGCAAUCGAGGCCAUUUACAAUUAUUGGAAACUGAAGCGCAAGUCGCGACACAACCGCGAACUGAUACCGCCCAAGUCUGAGGACGUGGAGAUGCUGGCGCGCAAGCAGGAGCAACAGGAUCUGGAGAAUCACAAGCUCGUGGUGCAUUUGCGACAGGAUCUGGAGCGUGUACGCAAUCUGUGCUACAUGGUCAGCCGGCGUGAGAAGCUCUCCCGCUCGCUGUUCAAGCUGCGCGAACAGGUCUUCUACAAGCAGCUCGGCGUGCUCGACGAGGCAGUGCAGCAGCAGCAGCAGCAGCAGCUCGUGCCAACGGAGCAGCAGCAACCACAGCAGGCGCAGCGACCCGCCCUCGAUACGGAUGCCAUUAUCUAUGCAAACGAUGGGCCCACGCUGUACGAUAGCUUCUAUAGCUCAACGGAUCAGCUAACUGUGCCGGCGCAGUAUCGGAGCCUGGACUAUAUACUGGAGCAGCUGAUGGGCAGGAAGCAGGCACGUGGACGCGCCUCCCAGUCGCCCAACAAGCGCAAGCAGGCGGCCGCCGCCGCGCUCAAGUCCUCGCCUAAAAAGAAGCUCAACAAUGGUGCAAUAACAACAAAUACAACAACAGCAACAACAUUGGCCCAGAAGGCCGCCAAGCCACGUGGCUCGCCAAGGGCGCCGACGACAACGGCGUCCACGGCGAUGCCGUGUGCGGGGAGGCGUGCCUCAAAGAGCGGCCCGGCCACGGCGGCGACGUCGAGCCAACAGCAUAAAUCACAUAAAUCCACAGCUGCUGCGUCCGCCGCAACGUCUAGCGGCAGCUCGUCAUCGGCUGAUUCCAGCUCGGCGCGCAGCAGCAGCGCCAGCAGCAGCAGCUCCUCCGACUCCGGCAGCGCCAGCGGCAGCGGCAGCGAAUCCAACAGCGAUAGCCGCGGCUACCACGGCAACAAAUCCCAGCCAGCUGCGGGAGCAGUCAAAAAGCAAUCCUAUGCGCGCAGCGUCGAGCAGCGACAGAGGCAGCGACAGCGGCGUCAAAGUGAGGCGGCUGCGUGUGCGUCUGCAGCGUCUGCGGGUGCGCGGACCAGCUGCAGCAGUUCCUCCAGCGACGACGACGACGAUGAUCGGGCGAGAGCACGAGCGCGGGCCAGAGAAAGGGAAAGGGAGCGAGAGCGUGAGCGUGAGCGUGUCAAACGUCAACACAAGUCAACAGCAGUACCUGCCAAAAGCCAAGCAACUAAGUCAAAGCACAGCGAAGGAGCCCGCCCAACGGGAGCGGGAACGGGCGCGGGAUCUGGCGCAGCGCGCAGAAAACAAGCUGCCAGCAAUGGGGGAGGAGCCAGCGCAGCGCCCACUGGGGCUACGCGUGGCCUCGCUCAGAUGGACAAGGAGAUGCGGCAGCAGGAGCCGGGCAGCAUGUCCAGCGAUGAAAGUGAGGAGCUGCUGCCUGUAAAGCACGCCCGGAGCACAACAAACAGCCGGAACACAAGCGCCACGGCAGGAAAUCUUGCUGCGGCGGCUGCGACGGGUGCGACGGCGACAUCGGCCAUGCGCAAGAUGGGACAGCACAUCUACUCCGACUCGGACAGCUCGACGACAUCGACGCCGGAGCGCGAGGCGGCAGGGCAGCACCAUCGAACGGAGACGGAGGCGGAGCAGGCGGCGACGGAGAGCAAUGUGAGCGAUUCACAAAAUCAGCAAACGAUACGCACCAAGGCGGCCAUGAAGGAGUUCGUGCCGGGCACAACUCCAACUGCAGCAACUGGAACGCAAAACAAAUCCAAAGCCAAUGCCAAGUCGAACAGCAGCAAGGGGAGCGCUGCGCCCGUCUUCCCGCCCGUGGACCUGCUUGUCGUGCCGCAGCGGCAGGCGGCCAAAAAGGCAUCCGAGAACAUGCGUAACUCGACGAAUCUCGCCACGGCGCUGUUGCCGGAUGCCAGCGAACGGCUGCGCGAGCCCGAGCCAAGUCCCGCCAAUGCCAACGCCAGCAGCGGCAGCAGUAAAGCCAAGGACGAGGCGGAGAAGACGCGGCCCAAGGAGCUGCCCAAGGCGGCGGCCAAAACAACGGGCGAGGCCCGAGCGGAGCGAGGCAAGCGCGGGCGGCCGCCUAAGCAGCAAAAGGAGAAGGAGAAGGAAAAGGAAAGGGAGAAGGAGAAGGAGCGGGAAAAGGAGAAGGAGCAGGAGAAGGAGCGAGAGCGGGAGAAGCCAAAGGAGAAGGAGAAGCCCACGCCCGCGGUCACGCCCAAAAACAAUGAGCUGGCCAAACUGGGCAACUUUGCCGUCUCGUAUGUGCCUCAGCGUCAGGCAGCCAAAAAGGCCGCCGAGCAGCUGAAGAGCAGCGGCGCAGCCCUGGCCAAAGCCACGCAGGAAACCAUUGCCAGCGAGGAUGCAGUCGGAGCAGCAGCGGGAACAAGCACAGGAGCAGCUGCAGCCAACACGACGACGCCGCCUAGCAGAGCAACUGCAUCUACGACGACGACGACGACGACGCCUCCAAGCAGAGCAGCUGCAUCCAAGCAGCAGCAGCAGACGACGCCCUUGCGACGCGGCUCACAGCUGCGGCGCUCGAAGGAGGAGCAGACGCCCGUCAAGCGACGCAUUGCAGCGCCCAAUCUGUCCAGCUCCAGCUCUGGCGAGAGCAACAGCUCCAGCUCCGGCGAAAGCAACUCCAGCAGCAGCGCCAGCAGCAACGCUGCAGCUCCAGCUCCAGCUCCAGCUCCGGCAGGAGCAUCAAUUACCUCCAGCUCCAGCUCCAGUGUGCCAAAGCGUUCGCCGCGCAAAUCCCUGGACAAACCCGCAGCAGCAGCAGUUCCUCCACCGCCUCCUCCUCCCCCGCUGGCCAGCCGAACGCGUCAGAAUUCCACCAACAAAUCGCCAAAGAGAACGCCGCAAAAGACAGCUCCUGCGCCCACCCAGGAGCUUGUGACGCCGCCGGCGCCGCCUAAAGCCUCCACGCAGCGCCGCAAAUCCUCGCUAGACGAUGCGUCGCCGGCGCUGAGCAAACGUGCCACGCGCAAUUCCAAAUCGCGACCGCCUUCGCCGGCACCGGCGCCGACACCCGAGAAGCUGACGAGCAGUCGGCGUAAAUCUCGCGCGGAAUCGCCGAAGAAAACGCCGCCAAAUCUGGAGCAUGAGAUAGCGCAGCGCAAGGCGGCGACGGGCGGGCGGGCGUCCAGUGCGCUGGAUAAGCUGCUCGACAAGAAGCAGCAGCAGCUCAACAAUGCCACGCCUGCGCCCACGGCAUCCACGGCAACCACGGCAACGACCACGCCUACAAUAACAAGGGUGCCAACGCCCACGCCCACACCGACGCCGCCUCCUCAGACGCAAAGAAGUCCUCCACCAGAGCCGGCAGCAGAGGAUCGUUUGGUGCAACGUAGUCCAACGCCGCCCGCGGCGCAGGAGGCCGGCGAGCAGCCGAUGGACAUUGACGAGGAGCUAACAACGGCGCCGACGCACACCCAGCUCUCGGCGAAUGCCAGCAAAUUGGCCGAGCUCUCGGCGGACAUCGAUGAGCGACCGCCGGCGGCGCCGCUGCCCGCCUCGCCGACGCCGACGCCCUCCAACGAUGAGCUGAGCGACGAGGAUCGAUCGGGCAGCGAUCGCAGCCGAUCGGACAGACGUCGCGGCAAUCGCUGGCGACGCCGUCGGAGACGAACGCGCGACGAGGACGAGGAGGAGCAGGAGCAUACGCAUCACACGCAGCAUCUGCUUAACGAAAUGGAAAUGGCCCGCGAACUGGAGGAGGAGCGCAAAAAUGAGCUGCUAGCGAAUGCGAGCAAAUAUUCUGCGUCCACAUCCUCGCCGGCUGUUACCGUUAUUCCACCAGAGCCGCCAGAGAUUAUUGAGCUGGACUCGAACUCGAAUUCUGGAGAGCAGCAGCAGGUGCAGCAGGCGCAGCAGGUGCAGGCGCAUGAUUCCCUGUUGCCAGUGGUGCCAUCGGUGCCAUCGGUUCCCGCGACGCCUUCGUGCAGCGCCCUCGAGCUGGAUGCGGCACAUCAGCCGAUUGUGGACGCCAUCCUGGAGCUGGAGGACAGCAAGUACGCCAACAGCUAUGCCUCCAGCCUGGCCAGCAGCGUCGCCAAUGUGCUCAAUCCGCCCAACUCGGGACGUCUCACGAGCCUGCUGGGCACCAGCCUAGUGGGCGGCGGGAGCAAACAGAUCUUCGAGGAGGACAGCACGCUGGCCACGCGAAAUCUGGUCGAGAAGCUGCGCAAAACGAAGCGCAAGGCGCAGCUGGAUGAGUGCAAGGACACGAUGGAUCUGUUGCCGCCCACGCCAGCUAUUCCCUCCGUCUUUCCGUUUCACAAUGCAGCUGAUCCCGAGGAUGUAAUACACGUGCAGAAGGAGCUGCAGCAGGCUCAGCAGCAGGCGGCGCAGCACCAGAACCUGGUGCUCUUUGGCAGCUCCGCGCCCAACUCCGUGGCCAGCCAGCUGACCAUCAAGGAUUCCCCGCUGACGGCCAACUCCGGCGGCAGCUAUGCCAACAGUUUGACCAAUACUCCAAAUGCCACGCCCACAACGAAUGCAAACAACAAUUUGGGCGGCUACAGCAGCAUGGUUAACUAUCAGACGGCGCAGGCGGCGCUCAGCUGUUAUCUGAACAAGUCAUCCGUCUCGCCGCAGCUGCAGCAGCAGCAGCAGAAGAGUAGCAAUGGCCAGGGAGCAGGAGGAGGAGGAGGAGCAGGAAUGGGAGCAGCAGCAGGAGGAGCAGGAAUGGGUGCAACUGGAGCGCCGCAAUCCACGCCCGACUUUGUGGAUCUGGCGGCGGCAGCUGUCAAGAAUAGCCUCGGCAGCUAUCCAGGAGCUGGAGGCGCCACUGUGCCGUCCGUCCAGCCGAACUCCGGCCUGGUCGCCGCAACCAAUUCUCAGGCGAACAACAAUAACAACAAGCUGAGCGAUUACGAUGAGAACACGCGAAUGCAGUCGCCCUUUGGACGGAUGCAGCGCUGGAACGAGAAUGAUUUGAUUGCGGCGAGACGCAGCAGCUCGCCCAGCUCCGUGUCCGAGUCGAACGAUCAGCCGCCUAGCCUGGACAAGAGCUACUUUAAUAGCUAUGCGGGAGCGGGAACGGGAGCACCUGGAAUUGGAGCAACUGCAGCCUGCAACAACAACAACAACAACAACAACAACAACAACAACAGUGCAGCAGGAAGUGGAACCGGCAGCGGGAGUGGCAGUGGCAGCGGCGCCUUUGGCAGCCACACGCCGCUGGUGAAUGGCAUCGAUGCCAUGUCCAUGUACAACAACCAGACGCAACAGCCAGUGCAGCCGGUCCAGGCAACGACCACGCCCACACAUCAGCAGGCGCAGCCGCAGCGCACGCCCAACAGUCAACAGUAUAAUGGUGGCAUCUAUCCACAGCUGGCGGCCAUUAUCCAGGCGCAGCAGUCGACGCCGGCGGAGAGUCAGACGAUCUAUGGCAACAGCUCGCAGUCGCAGCCGAGCACGCCCUACGUAAGCACUCCCUAUGCCACGCCCAAUAUGACGCUAACGCCAAAUCAUCAGUACCAGCUGACGCCACCAUAUGCCGCCGCCUUGCUGCCCGCCAUUAUGCAGCAGCAGCAACAACAACAACAACAAUUGGAGCAGCAGCAGCAGCAGCAACAGCAGCUGGAGCCAGUGCAACUGGAGACGGUGCCCGUUCCGGUGGCUGUGCCGGUGCCCGUGCCGCAAUCCCUGCCACAAUCCCUGCCACUGACUGUGCCUGUGCCUGUGCCUAGCAAGGAGCUCAUCUCGCCCAGCAAACGCAGCAGCAGCAGCAGCAGUUCCGCCUCCGCCAAGCGGGAGCAGCAGAAAAAGUCGCCGCAGCUGCCGCCGGGCAAGUCCCCGGGAAAAUCUCCCAGACAAGCCGCCGUCGCCGCGCUGCAGCCGCCCCCGCCUCUGCCCGUGCCAUCGACCGUACCCACGGCCACGCCCACGCCGCCCGCCAAAUACGAUCCGCUGACGCACACGCUCGCGGGCAAGCUGCGUCAGCGUGCGCCACGUGGCAGCAGCAGCGGGUCGGGUGCAGCGGGCACGCGCGGACGUGGACGCGGACGUGGUCGAGGCCGGGGCGGCAGCUCGGGCAACGCGAUGCUGCCGCUGCCGCCGCCGAUGGCGGACUAUGGCAGCAACACGCACAUUGUCAACAAUCUGGUGGGAACGCCGUACGAGUUCAAUAACUACGACGACGAGCUGAGCGGCUCCGGCGUCGAGAAUCUGCAGUCGUUGCGGGAUCGCCGGCGCAGCUUCGAGCUGCGCACGCCGGGCGCGGCGCCCAGCACCACCAGCUAUGCCAGCUGCAAGCUGCGGGGCCAGAACAAGACGGCGGCCGGGACGACGUCUGCGACGGCAACGUCCGCCGCGACAUCGUCCGCAACGUCUUCCUCCGCCGCGCCGGCUAAUCCGCUGCUGCAGCCCGUGCUGCCCGGCCCGGUCGAUAUGCGCACCUACAAUCUGGGCUUCGAGGCGCCCCACAGCAGCGCCUCCCAGGAGGCCUAUCAAAACAAUCUGCUCGGCGCCUUCGACUCCGGCACGGCGGAUCAGACACUCAGCGAAUUCGAUGAGGAGGACGAGCGACAGUUCCAGUCCGCGUUGCGGGCCACGGGCACCACGAGCAGCAACAGCAACAAUCACAACAACAAUAACAACAACAAUCACAAUGGGAAUAAGACAGCGGGAGGAGGAGGAGGAGGCGUCUCUGUCCCAUCCCUGCAGCCCAGUCUGCUGCAAGGCGCGCUGCUCCACUCGAGCGAAGCCAACCAGUCGGCGCCCACGCUUCUCACGGAACUGCUGCCCGCCGCUGCAGCUGCCGCCGCAGCGCUGGAAGCUUCGCUGGAGGCCACCUCGGAGGAGGUCUCCAUAGACUCCGAUACAACAACGAUGCUCAAUACGAAGGCCUCGCUCUCGGAUGCACGUAAUCAGCUGAAGAUCAAGGGACCUCUGGCCUAUCCGGAUCUGCACUACAGCAGCAGCGUGACGCAAACGAGCUGCCAGCUGUCCACCGGAGCGGGCGGCGCCAGCAGCCUGGUGCAAACGCAGGUGCAGGUCCAGACGACGGUCACGGCCAGCAGCGUUGCCACGGGCAGCAGCUCCUCGGCGGCUGCGCUCAGUGUGAGCGGCAAUUCGCGACGCAUGCGCAAGAAGGAGCUGCUCAGCCUGUAUGUGGUGCAGAAGGAUACGCUGAACGAUGACAGCUCCUGCGGCCUGCCAGCGGCCUCUGACAGCCUGCCGCUCGAGAAGCUCGACAAGUUGGACGAGGAGCAGCCGGCGACGACGGCAACGAGCGGCAAUGCGAAGCGCUUCAAGAAGAACUCGAGCAACAGGGAGCUGCGCGCUUUGGACGCGGCCAAUGCCUGCCUCGAGGAACAGGAGGAGGGAGCUGGUGCCUCGGCCGGAGGAGCAGCAGGAGCCGCUGCCGGCGAUGGCCGGCGACGCAGCGCCUGUAGCUCUGGCAGCGCCACGGACAACGGCAAGACGGGCGCCGCCAGCAGCGCGGGCAAACGACGCGGACGGAGCAAAACCCUGGAAAGCAGCGAGGAUGAUCACCAUCAGGCGGCGGCGGCGCUGGCAGCGGCGACGGCGCCCAAGCUGAAGAUUAAGAUACGCGGGCUGCCCAGUGAGGCGCAGGAGCUGGAACGGAGCGGCGGCAGCGGAACGAGCUACAGUUACGAGAUGACGCGACGAGCCUGUCCACCCAAGAAGCGGCUGACGAGCAACUACAGCACGCCGACUCUGGAGGAGAUCAAGCGCGACUCGAUGAACUAUCGGAAGAAGGUCAUGCAGGAUUUCGACAAGGGCGACGACAACAACAGCAGACGGGAGCUGGCAGGGGGCGCCAAUGAGAGCCAGCAGCAGGUUCUCAAGCCGAAGAAGGACAAAAAGGACAAGCCCAAGAAGGACAAGAAGGAGAAGAAGCGGCUCAAGCAGCAGCUGCUGCUCCAGCAACAACAGCAGCAGCAGCAACAGUUGUUCAGCCUGAACAGCUGCGGUGGCAACAUCCUGACCAGCACCAUGACCACGACGCUGAUCGAGAACCGUCUGAGCGCCUCGCCUGGCGAGAAGCCCAAGCUAAUACUGCGCAUCAACAAGCGAAAGGCGGAGACAACGACCACGAUCAGCCUCGAUCAGCAGCAACAGGAUAAGCCGCAGCAGGAGAAGCAGCAGCAGGAGAAGCCGGAGCAGCAGCAGCAGCAGCAGCAGAUGGAGGCGCCGUUGCGCCUGAAGAUCGCACGCAUAUCCGCUGGCGGCGUCUAUGUCAUAGGUGCCAAAACUGAGACCAAGGAGAUCGCCAAGGAGCCGGCGCCCGCUCCAGCGCCCGCGAGCUCCCCUGCGGAACUGCCAUUGGUCGCCGCCUCGCCGCUGACCAACAACAGCAGCUUUACACCGCACUCGCAGAACGCGAAUGCGUCGCCGGCGUUGCUCGGCAAGGAUGCGAGCACGCCCUCGCCGCCCUGCUUGAUCAUCGAUUCCAGCAAGAGUGCCGAUGUGCACGAUUCCACCUCCUUACCGGAGAGUGGGGGAGCAGGACCAGGAGCAGGAGUAGGAGCAGGAGGCGGAUCAGGAGCAGCUGUUGCAGCGGUUGCUGUGGUGGGAGCUGCUCUAAGCUCGAGCUCGCCGCUGUGCGUCAAUGUGGGCAACUAUGAUAAUAGCAAUAACUCCUUGCCUUCAGCCAGCGGCUCCGGCUCCAGCAAUUCCUGCAACAGCAAUUCGAACAAUAACAACAACAACAACAACAAUAACAAUAACAACAACAAUGGUAACAACAACAACAACAGCCGCGGCGGCGGAGCUUUACUUCCAUUGAAAAAAGACUGUGAGGUUAGAUGAUAAUCAUAAAGCCAGCCCACGACCAAGCUAUAUAUACGUACAUAUAUAUAGAUAUAGAAAGAGAGAAACGAUACAGAGUUCGUUCACUUCCAGCAGCAACAAAGUGUCCUAAAAACUAAAUGCAAAUCCCAAAUCGAUAACUCAGUGUAAAACAUUUUCUACAAGCACAACCCAAUUUUCCUGCCCCACUUUGAGAAGAUUUUGUAAAGCAAAGCACACACCACCCGACCUUGUACAGUUAGCUUGUAAGUGCAAAAAAACCUAAUCUACAAAAAAAAAAGUUAAAUCUAACCUAUAAAAAUCAAAACCUAACCUAUAAAAACCGAAACCGAAACCUAACCUAUAAAAAGCGAAGCAUAACCCCACUUUUGUCCCGUUUUUGUUGUGCACACACCAGAUAUUAACUAUAUAGUACUAUAUACUAUAUAUAUACACUAUAUAACAAAUACUAAAUCGUAAUUGUACAUUUUAAAGCGAAUUUUAUAUAUAUACACACAUAUAUAUAUAUAUAUAUAUAUAUAUAUAAAUAGAACUGUAGACUAGCCUCUAUGUAAAAUACUGUAUUAAAGUUAAACAACAAACGGAAUUCGCAAUUAUGUUUAGCCUAAAUAUCAGAGAGUAAAAAGAGAGAAAGGAGAAAAGAAAAUGCUCGGUUUUCUAGUUCUAGUUAACCCACUUCCAUAAAAAAUACCUACUCAUAAAAGCUAAAAUAUAUAAAUAUAUAUAUACACAUAUAUAUAUAUAUUUUAAUUAUUUAUUAAAAUAAUUAUUUAAAAAAACUAAUGACAAACAACAAAUGCGAACUGCAACAUAAUAGAAACCACAAAACGUAGCAGAAAAUUUGUUUAAAAAAA